GAAAUGUCUUCCAUGAAUGAUGGUGGUGGGGGUUCCCUCGGAGAUAUUCUUUUGUACCCCGAGGCAGAGGCUUACAUCACAUCCUUCAGUGAGAAGCCAUUCACAAUCAAAGACAUCGGAUCGCCAAGGUGGCUGCAGUAUCACGAGUACGUGGAGAAGUUGAGUCAGCAGGCUGUGCUCUCGGCCACCAUGAAACAGAAUGAGUUUGUGAUGGAACUGCUUGUAGAACAGGAAAAACUGGGUGUUCUGAUAGCAGAUGUGGUUGGAGUGGAGUUGUGGCGUGAAAAAGUGUUCCAUCCCUUCAUUCUCAGAAUGGACCCCGCCCAGUUUAGCCCCAAGAGCACCCUACCUCUAUACAUGACGCUCUAUCAUGAGGCAUGUGUGCUCAACCUCCUCGAAACUGUCUUAUAUCAUUCUGAUGCGAUGCAAAGUGCUGGAGAGAGCGGCGCUGUGUUGGAUCUUGCCGACUACUGCCAGCGCCAACUGGUCUUCCUUUCUGCCUGUGAGCAGAGUGAAACUGACUCUAUCUACGACCCCAAAUUAUCCAUUCAGAGAGAAGACGAAUCGGAUCUACAGUACCUUGGCCGACAAGCACUGAAAAUCAGAUUUGACUGUGCAGUUAAAUGUGUGAGCAUCGUCCGCUACCUCUCCGACCACUUGAACACAUUGCCAAUCAGUGUUGUGACUAGAUUAAUCAGGACAAAUGAAAUGCCCCUUCUGCUAGUGCAAUUAGUACAGUCUACCCCUUGGGUUAAAAGAGACCCAAGCACAGGUAAGACAUCGAAGUUGAUAGAUGGUAAGUGGGAGCAGAUUCCUGCGAGCGACGUGCACAAACUGACCAACAUAGAGGGUCAGAUCUGGCUGGCCAUCUACCAGUUCCUGUUCAGUCCAGAGGCCAACAGGAAGUACGAGAUGACCAGCCACACCAAGGAACAGUUCAUGAAGCUGAUUGGACACUUGAAUGACGUAGUAGUGGACCAGAUUCCAGCUCUGGGUCAGCUGAAAGAGUAUCUGCUGCGCAUGCAGAUGCAGUCCUUCCCAGACCAGCCUGUCUCCUCCUCCCACCCCAUCAUAGAACAGCUGCCGGAGAUCAGGAUGAGGAUGGAGGAGGACAGCAGUAGCAAGUGGGGAUCCAUCGCCAAGUACCAAGUGAAUCACUAUUUCUCACCCUCAGAGGCAGAUCUCAAGAGACUUGCCACCAAUUUUGCCUCCCUUUAUGACUCAGAGGCCCUGGAUGUCAUCCUGCCAGGUAUCCCCAAGUGUUGUGUGUGCAGUGAAGAUGCCAGCAAGAGAUGUAGCAAGUGCAAAAUGACCUGGUAUUGUUCAAGAGACUGUCAAGUAGCUCACUGGUCUGAACACAAGAGUAAAUGUGCAUCUUCGCUCUAAACUCAAAUAAAUUCUGAUUAUCUAUGUUGAAAAUAACUGUUCAUAUGUAUCUCUUUGUACAUAACCAACUUCGCCUUAAUUUUUAUAAAAAGAAUACAAAAUUAAAUGUU